GAGGGGGGAGUGGGGCUAGGCGGGUGGUGCAGGAGCAGCGGCAGGGAGGUGAGGUGAGGCCGCACCGGACCGGACUGGACGGGUCUGGUCUCGGUCCUGGGGAGGGGCGCCUCAAUACGGAUUGCGAGGCCCCAGGGUUACCAGACAAAGCACCGGAGGGAGUCGAUGGCUAAGGAAGCAUCCAUGACAGAAAUGGACUGUUGAUAUUUUUUGGGUGAAGACCAACAGUUUCCCUCCACAGUGAUGGCAUGCACAAUCGAGAAGGUGCUAGCUGAUGCGAAGGUCUUGGUUGAGCGACUAAAGGACCAUCAUAGCGCAGCGGAGUCCCUCAUUGAACAGACCACUACGCUCAACAAACGGGUGGAGAACAUGAAGGAAGUUGGGACAGGAAUCUCAGAUCGGAACCAGGAGGAUUUUGCAAAGCUGAAGAAGUUGAGCACUUACAAACCAUAUGCCCUCUGUCAGGAGAACACACAGAUACGGGAUCUGCAGCAGGAAAAUAAAGAACUAUGGCUUUCCCUGGAAGAGCAUCGCUAUGCUUUGGAGCUCAUUAUGAGUAAAUACAGGAAGCAGAUGUUACAACUUCUCGCCACUAAGAAGCCGGAUAGUACACCAAUUACCAACUUGUAUCAGAAGCAUUCCCAGGAGCUGCAAACUCGCGUGGAACAGAUCUGUGCCAUGGCAACAGUAAUGAGGAAAGCUGUUCAAAUGGAUGAUCCAGAAUACUGCCAAAUUCAAGAGAAAAUAGCCCAGCUGGAGCUUGAAAAUAAAGAAUUGCGGGAGCUUGUGUCAUUCAGUAAGGAAAUAUCUCUUCGGGAGGAUGUCGUUCAACCUCUUCACUGUGGAAAGUAACUACUGUGCUGGAUCGUCCCUGAAAUAGGCCUACAGAAGACACAUACCUGCAUAAGGCACUGAAGAAUUAAUGCUGUCGAGGUGUUAUCAGAUAUGGCUCAGCACCUUCAGAAGAGAAGGUAGAAGACCUGUUUACAACAAAACGUCAACUGACCUAGUGCCGUGUUUCCUCAGUGCCUAGUACAUUAAUAAGCAGAUUAAUUACAGCACCCCACUGCUGGUAAAUCACUUAGUAUUUACAGAAACAAAGUUGGACUUCCCCCCCCCCCAGCUGAUGCUCUGGCAACACAUUAGCAAAUCCUGCUACUUGACUUCUCUUCCACGUUCCUUCCUUCCAUUAAUGCAAGUGUAGAAUUGUGGCGAAAGGGAUACUCACUGAGUUCCGGAUACUUUAUAUCGUCCACAUCUGCUGUUAUACAAAGUACUGAGCGAAUGCUGUGAAGGGGAGAGAUGGUGCUGGUCAGAUGGGGGUGGGGGGGGGUAGUGUUGCUUGUCUUUUACAUUUCUCAAAUAGCUGCCUAAGAGCCUAGGCUUUGAGUAAUGGAAACUCUUGUACAUCUCAUUUAGAAGCUUCUGAAACUUUAAUUUGCUUGGCCAGGACCUACUGUUUGUAAAUGCCCAAAUAAAUUUUCUUACUGUAUUUUUUAAACAACUGUCCAAGAUGGAUAUUGUUUUGUGUGUUUGUACUGAUAGGCCCUCCAUUGUUUGGGAUCGACCAUGGUUGUUGCUUCCUAGUUGUUUAUAUUGUCAGUGGAUAUGCAAGCCAGUGUUGCCCAUGUAACAGGCUCCCCCUCUCCACGCGGCCGAUGAAUCCAAAGGAACGACAGAGAUCAGAAUCAGGUUUAUUAUCACUGGCAUGUGACAUGAAAUUUGUUAACUUACCAGCAGCAGUUCAAUGCAAUAAAUAAUCUAGCAGAGAGAAAAUAAAUAAA